AAAUAACCACUUGGGUCCUUGAAUCUCGAAAGAAAAAACAAAAUAACAUCAACAGCCACCAGGACUACUGAACAUCGCAUACAUACAAAAUGACUUUCAUUUGUAGAACCAAUCUACUGAAUCGAACAAGAUUAUCAUCCGUUCAAUCAUCCAAAUUUUCAACAAGCAUGCGAAGCAAUCAAGCUAAAAUCAACCAUAUGACCGUCAUCGGAGCAGGCUUGAUGGGUAGUGGUAUAGCACAAGUUGGAAUUCAAUCAGGUUUAAAAGUUAACUUAAUAGAUACAUCAUCAAAAGCAUUAGAAAACGGUUUGAAAUCAAUCCAAAGCUCAUUACAUAAAUCAUCUAAAAAACUUUAUCCAGAUUCAGAAUCGAAACAAAAUGACUUUGUAGAAGAAAACCUUUCUAAAAUUUCAACUUCAAAUCAAAUUGAUAAAGGUUUAGAAAAGACUGAUUUGAUUAUUGAAGCGAUUAUUGAAAACCUUAAAAUUAAGCAAACUUUGUUUAAAACAUUAGAAGAAGUUUCGAAUUCGAAUUGUAUUUUAACUUCUAAUACAAGUUCAAUCAAAUUAAGUGAAAUUUCAAAAGUGAUUGGUCAAGAAAGACAAAGUCGAGUGGCUGGAUUACAUUUCUUUAAUCCAGUUCCAAGGAUGAAAUUAGUUGAAAUCAUUAGAACUGAGCAAACUGAUCAAUCCACGAUCGAUUCACUCACGGAACUAUGUAAGAGGAUGGGAAAAGCACCUGUGAAUUGUUUAGAUACACCAGGAUUUAUUGUCAAUAGACUUUUAGUACCCUAUUUAUUAGAAGCGAUGAGAAUGAAUGAAAGAGGAGAAGCCACAAUUGAAGAUAUAGAUACAGCUAUGAAAUUAGGAGCAGGUUAUCCAAUGGGACCAUUCGAAUUAUCAGAUUAUGUUGGACUCGAUACCAUCAAACAUAUCUUAGAUGGUUGGCGUGAAACCGAUGAAGAACAAAUCGGCCAAGCACUUUUAAAACCUUUGAAAAGUUUAAACGAUUUAGUUUCUCAAGGUAAACUUGGUAGAAAAAGCGGUGAAGGGUUUAAAAAGUAUUGAUAAUUUUUUACAUUCGUUGUGAAUUUUUGAUCAUAGACUUUCAUCAGUUCACUUGAAUUGCGUUUUAUGUGAUGUUGUUUUAAUUGUAUUGAUUGGUAUAUUUUAUUUUGCGUCUGAUUAAUUAUCUCUUGUCUCGUUUAGGCUGAAUGUAUUAUCCCAGAUCGGUAAAAUACAAAUCAAAUGUAAAAGAUUCAAAUAGUUUAGGUAUCAAUGUUAUCUUUGUCUGUGUUCAACAUCAAACUUGAUGAUCAGUUCAUCAUAUAAUCUAGAUUUUAAGCCAACAUACUAUCGUAUUGAAAAGGGUUUUG